GUUAGAAUAGCGCGUUGUUUGUAAUCACAGCAUGAAUCCACGAAAGCUUCUGCCACAAGAAAAACACGUUAGUGUGCUGUGUCCCUAAACAAGAGUCUUCUGGUCCCGUAAAUAGUUAAGCGCCAGUUUUUUUGCAAUGCACUUCAGUCACUUCCUAGAAAUCUGGGAUGGGGAGGAGGGGUGCGCCCAUCUAUUGCCUGUCCGGCCACUUUUACGGGUUCAAAAGAAAUAGCAGCCUUAACAAUAGCAAGGCGUUGCUUCUCGGCCUGACAGGCGGCGCUGCCCAACCCGGCUGGGGAGAGGCGGAGUUUUCUCCGCCCCUGAUCUGCUGCGAACUUUCUUGCAAAGAACCGAAAGUGAAACUUGGCCCGUUGUCCCUGCGCCUGCCGCCAUGGCUAGCCGCUCCCCGGCCGAGCUCUUGGUGGCGGUCGACCGUGCAGGGCAGGCCGUAGAAAGGCUGGAGAGAAAGCUGCAAAUCUAUUUCCAGUCUAAGCGCUCCGGGGGCGGCGAGUGCGACGUACAAGCCGAGGAUCUUGAACGGGGCGUUUAUCGGGUGCGCUUCCAGGCGGAGGGAGCAAAGAGACGAGUGCAGGCGUCUGAAUAUCAUUUUAUAAACUGUAAUGAUCAUACUCUAAGAGUACGCAUCCUUCAAGAUUCCAAGGGGAUGAAUUCUGCAGCAAAAUCAUUUUCACAGAGCUUGACAAGUCCACGGUCUGCUUCAAGCACUAAGCAAUCUCAAAACAGUUUUGAAAAGACACAGCUAAGUGAAAAAUAUACUGAUAAUCCAGCAGCAAGUAUUACCAAAAAGAUAUUUCUCCGUGUAUCUGCCACUUUGAAUACUGAUUUGUUCACAAAAGAGGAGAGGGAUGAAGUGGUGAAUCUUUGGCCCACUUUAAACAUAGAAAAGUGCUCAAAGGAACUGGGUGUAGAAAAAGUGACAGGAGACUAUGGCGAUGUCGAAAAAUUGCACCAUCAUUUUGAGAUGCUCCUUGCAAAGUCCCGUGGCUUUGCUGAAUCUGGACACCACCAAAGACAGAACAGUUUGGAAAAGAUGACCAUGAAGGAUCAGAAUGAUGGGAGAGGAAAUGAGGUUGAAGAAUCCUCCAAUAUGGAAGUUCCUUCGGCAAUCUUGGAAUAUUUUAAUCAUGUCUGCAAGGGAGAAGUGAAAGACUUGGAAGAAAGGUUUAGCGUAAAGCUAACGAGUGUAGAAGAUGGCAGUGGGAUGGCAUCUGUACAGUUUGCGUGUGCUGGGAGUUUUAGCUUCAUUGAGAAAGCUCAGCAGACUUUUGUUACAGCUUUUCAGAGAGUAGCAGCGGAUCUGAAACAGGAAAUCAUUCCUCUUGCUGACCACCACCAGGUCAUUAAAACGUCAGAAAUGUUAAACGCCAAUUUUAAAAGCAUCCUUAUCAAACCUCAGGAAAGAAAACUGCUUAUUCGUGGCCCUGCUGGGGAUCUUUCAGCUGCUAAAGAACUUAUUAAAAAAAUGGAUGCAGAAAGCAUAACUAAAAAACCUGAAGUUCGUUUUCCCAAAACAGGUGUGGUAGUUGAUGCUGAUAUGUUUGAAUUCUUGGAACCAAGGUUAGCUGCAAAAAUUCAGUUUAUAAACCAAGCAUAUGGAAUGCAAAUGGAGAAAAAGAAAUGUCUCAACAGUCAAAACAUACACAUCAUUUUUAAGCCUGCAACAAAGAUGACAAACCCAGAUCUAACUUCAAAAGCUUAUGAGGCCUUUGUCAAAGAUUACCAGAAGGCCUUAGAAACACCUACAGAAAAAGCUAUCCUCUUGAAACUUUCACUAGAUCUAUGGAAAAAGGUACAUGAGUUCUUUGUACAUUUGCAAAAAGAAAAUCCCAGAGUUACUCUGACAAAAAUGGAAGACAGAAUGAUUGUAUCCGGCCUUCCAGAGCAUGUGUUUUCUGCUGAAAAGCAUAUUCUGCAGUUUUUAUACACUGGCAGCCGUUCUCCUCCUGCAGACAUGUCAUCACACAUUCACACAGCUAAAGCUGGAACAAGUUCUGGAGCAUCCCUUGGGCACAACAAUGGCCAGAAUGGGCAUCUAUUUCCUUCUGGAAAUCCAUCCUCUAUAAAGGCGGCAAAGGCUGAACCAGAAGAAGAAGAAAAGUGCUCCAUCUGUAUGGAUAAAAUUGACCAGAAAGAAGUGCUGUCCAAAUGCAAGCAUGCAUUUUGUAGGAACUGCAUUCAAGCGGCAAUGAAAUAUAAGCCUGUCUGCCCUGUGUGUAACAUGACCUAUGGGAAGAUAGAAGGAAAUCAACCACCAGGGAAUAUGUCUGUUAGUAAAACGCACACAUCUCUUCCUGGUUACUGGGGGGUUGGUACUAUCACGAUUGUAUAUCACAUACCUGGUGGCACACAACAAGAAAACCAUCCUAACCCGGGAAGAAGAUAUCAUGGAGCAGCACGGACCGCAUAUUUGCCUGACAACAGCGAAGGAAAUGAGAUUCUAAAACUACUGCAACGCGCUUUUGAUCAAAAAUUGAUUUUCACAGUGGGCCAGUCACGUACGACGGGAAUGAAUGAUGUUGUUACCUGGAAUGACAUUCAUCACAAAACUUCAACACAUGGAGGGGCAAAUGGGUAUGGUUAUCCUGAUCCUGAUUAUCUGAAGCGUGUUCGAGAAGAACUGAAGGCAAAAGGAAUUGAAUGAUUGUAGCUGUUGUUUCUCAUCACAGUCCAGAAUGUGUUUCAGCACAUAGUUAAGCUGCAGGGGGUGGGGUGGGGGUUAAAGGGUCUUCCGAAAGUAUUGCUAAUAAUCCACUGAGGGAUUGUGAACUGCACAGUAUUUCUUUAUUUAGCCAUCAGACUGUAUAUGCAUGGGCUUUUAAAUAAAAAUGCGAUCUAAACCCAUUACAGAAUCAAGUCUAUUAUCAGAGUUUAACCUCCAAAUUACUGUUGAAAAUAGAUAUAUAGUAUAUCUAAAUAGAUGUAUAUUUGAUCAGGUUACAAUAACCACAUUCAGAAAUUUGAAGUAAAGAUUCCAUGUUUCAUUUUGAGGGAUUGAGCAUUCUGUUCUCUCUCUUUUGUAGUAUUUCAAAACUAAAUGGAAUCCAUGUUAUCCAAAAUGUGACUCUCAUGUAUACUGAAGUAGGGAAGAGAACAGCAGAACCUCCUGGGCAGGUUAUUAACCAGCCAUCCAGAAAGCAGUUACAUGACCAUACCACCAUGUGUUAAAUGCUGCUCAAGUCUAUUUACUCCACACUACGAACUGCCUACUUUGUCAACUGAACAGUCAAACUUAAAUAUGAAAGGAUUUCUAGUUACAAAAAUGCAAGAAUCUUAUGCAGUGUUUGGUAGCAAUUUCGCAUACAGAAUGUGUUCAACUAGGGAAAGCAAAGAGUUUUCAUUUCUAAACUUGGAAAUUCAGUUAGUUCUACUUAUGUAUUUUGCAAUUGUUCAAUUGACACAAAUGUGCUUUUGGACUUAUGUCCUUGCCCCAGAAUAUAUACAGAACUAUUAAUAAAAAGAAUUUCUUGACUAGAA